CAUUGAUGAGUUGAGAACGUGUCAGACCAAAGAAGAGGGAAAAGGAAAAUCUGCAAACAUGGUUGUGUACUCGUAUACUAUGUCGAUAUUCGCGACAAUCAGCGCGAGCCUUGUGUUCGUCUUUGGAAUCAUAGGAAACCUCCUCACAGUAAUAGCCCUCCUCAAAUAUCACAAGCUGAGGAAACAUCCGACGACAGCGUUCGUGCUCUCGCUUAGCAUAUCAGAUCUCUUUUUCUGUGCCGUAAAUAUGCCGCUGACGGCAAUCAGAUUUCAUCAUCAGCAAUGGACACUUGGCGAAGGCCUGUGCAAGGUUUUCCCGGUGUUUUUCUACGGCAACGUGGCGGUCUCAGUGCUCAGCAUGGUUGGCCUCACUUUAAACCGGUUUACGUUAAUUCUACACCCUAGUCGAUACCCUAAGAUUUACACACCAAUCAGUCUGGCCCUGCAACUGUUUGGCAUUUGGGCCUUUUCGUUUGGCAUUAUGCUACUUCCCUUGUUCGAAAUCUGGGGUCGGCUCGGCCUGGACGAGGAAACCUUCUCGUGCACCAUUCUCAAGAAGGACGACAGCUCACCAAAGAAAUUCAUCUUCCUGUUUGGCGUCCUGGUGCCCUGCAUAGUCAUUUCUAUCUCCUACUCGUGUAUAUUCUACACUGUGCACAAGCAGCGCGCCAAAGUGAAGGCACACAGUGCCAGCGGUUCGGGCCGGAUCGAGUCCUUUUUCCGGAACAAGGAGGACUGCCGGCUUACGGUGACGCUGCUGACGAUCUAUCUGUGCUUCCUGAUUUGCUUCAUGCCGCUGAUGUUGGCGAACGUAAUCGACGACGACGGUUCCCACGCAAAUUUGCACGUGUUUGCUAGCGUGCUUGCGUGGAUGUCGGCGGUCAUAAAUCCCUUCAUUUACGCAAUCGGUAGUCAGAAUUACAGGCACGCGUACACAAAGCUUCUGUCGGAAAUGUGUUUCUGGAAGACCAGCGUCGAGCUGCGAUCGUUCGACGAGAUCAACAAAUCCCGGACGGUGGACCAUUUAUAGCACAUGAUGAUGACGGCGAUAGUUUAUGCAGCGAAUAAAAGACUUAGCUUUAUGUGGAUCAAAGUGA